ACGAAAAUAAAGACUCUGCAGUAGAAAAAAUAAUGGAAAAUAGCAAUGCAAGGGAAACGUUUGAGCAGAAGGACGACGUAGAGGAACCACGUAACAUUGUUGGGGAGGAACAGAAGCUGCAGGAAACAACCACUGAAUACCAAAAUGAAGAAACGAAAAGUACCGGUAAAGAUGGUGAAAGCAAAUCAAGUAGGACGACAGAUGAUGAAAACAAAUCCAUAGUGAGCAAGUUAUUCGUUCACAGCCAAUGGCUAGCGGUCCAAAGUCCUUAUUUCAAGGCACUGUUUUAUUCCGGCAUGAAAGAAACUUACUCAAAGGAGGUAGUAAUGAAAAUCUAUGAACAUGAACUUCAGGCUCAUCUAACCUUAAUUGAAGCGAUGUACAAACUUGAUGUUCUCAAUGACAAAGACUACCGUCUUCUUGUCCAAGUUCUUGUCCUUGCAAACAAGUUUGAUGUUCGCCAUGUGAUUAAAAAGUGCAAGUAUGUCCUGUUGUCCACAACACCGAGCUUGGAAAUGUGUGAAUAUUGUCUCCGAGAAAUGGAGCAUCUUUCCGACAUGGCUGAUAUAUAUGAUAUGCUCGAGAAGUUCCUUGUCAAAGAAUUUACACCGAUUGACGAAACAUGGACUAUGAAAAAGUUUACAGAACUUUCAAAAGCCGCUUUGAGGCUUCUUUUGGGAAGUGAUAAUUUGGGCAGUCGAUCUGAAAAUACAGUAUUUGUUGCAUUGAUGAAAUGGGUUCGCUUGAAUGUGUCUUGGUUAGCACACGGUGAAUGUGAUCUGUUGGAUGUUGUACGAUUUGAGUUUAUGUCUGUGGAUUUCCUGUAUGAUGUAGUGCAAGAUGAUUUUGUGGCCGGAAAACUGCCUGGAUUCAACAAAUAUCUGCUGAAAGGUUUAGCAAUCACGGAUUUUCAAAGAGUAGGCGGGAACAACUCGAACCGAAGCCGAAGAAACGUCGUUUGGUGGAAGAUGCCGGUCCAACGUUUUCAUGGGUGAUUGAUGAAAAACUCGUUAAAGAACUAACGCAGUUUCCGGGAGUUCCUAUUGUUUCAAAUUUAUUUUGGUACCAAGGAUAUGCAAUGCGACUUGAGCUUGGUUAUAUGGAAGAUUUGAGUAAAUGCAGUUUUUAUCUCAAGAUUCCUUACUUGGCCGACGAGGCUUGCGUGUAUGCCAGUUAUAGGGCUAAGUCAAAUUUAUUUCGUUCGGGGACAGUUCAGACAGACAAAAGGUUGUUUACAGCCAGCCGCUCUUGGGGAUACACAAGUUUGAAAUGUAACAAAGCCCAA